AGCUUCGGCCAUGACGGAUACGAGGUGGUCACUUGUUGCAAUCAUUGAUAUCCAUAUUUCUUGGUUGACUUACCCCGCAUUGCAGCCUGGUUUCACAUCCUCUAUGUAUUAUUAAUCCUGGUGGGGGCCUUCUGCCUGAAGAGGUCCGCGGGUAUACAAUAUUGUCACCGUAGUGUAGAGUCUCUGAUGAAGCAUAUCUACCUUUCCUACAUCAACAACUAUCACCAUGUCUGUCCCAUUCAGCCAGUUUCCUUCAACAGCAACCAUUGUCCCGACUCGCUUUCGAGUAGCCUUUCCAGAUGGACAGAUAACCGAGUUGAAGACCCUGGUGAAGCUCGCUAAGAUAGCUCCACCUACACUCGAGAACCAGCAACAGGACCGUCGAUAUGGUGUCACAUCCGACUGGCUGACGACCAUGCGAGAGAAAUGGUUGAACGACUACGACUGGAGAGCCACUGAGGCCCGUAUCAACAGCUUCCCUCAGUUCACAACCAAGAUCGAGGACAUAUCGCUGCACUUCGCAGCUUUGUUCUCGGAAAAGGAAGACGCAGUUCCUGUGAUACUCCUUCAUGGAUGGCCUGGUAGCUUUCUGGAGUUCCUCCCCUUGCUUCAACUGUUCAAGGAGGAAUACACUCCGACCACAUUGCCGUAUCACUUGAUUGUGCCUUCGCUUCCCGGCUAUGGGUUCUCAUCUGGCCCACCCUUGGACAGGGAGUAUAAGAGCCAUGACGUGGCACGAGUGUUGGACCAGUUAAUGAAAGGACUCGGUUUCGGAGGCGGCUAUAUUGCUCAGGGAGGAGAUAUCGGAAGCCGCAUCUCGAGGGUGCUGGCAGUGGACUUCGAAAGCUGUAAAGCGGCUCACCUGAACUUCUGUACUGUCCCACGCCCAGAGGGCUGUUCAGAUGACAGCCUGUCUGCCUCUGAGAAACGCGGAGUGGAGAGGCUGAAUGCCUUCGUUACGACAGGGAUAGCAUAUGCAAUUGAACAAGGCACAAGGCCAAGCACCAUAGGUCUUGUCCUGUCUACCAACCCCAUGGCUCUGCUGGCGUGGGUGGGUGAGAAAUUCCUCGAUUGGGUGGACGAACCUCUUCCUUUAGAGACCAUCCUAGAUUUUGUCUCUCUGUACUGGUUUACCGAGACAUAUCCGCGGGCCAUCUACUUCUACCGCGAGGACUAUCCUCAUAGAAAAUUCGCCUCCCAACUGAGUACACGGUGGUUCAUCCAGAAACCAUUUGGUUUUUCCUAUUUUCCCAGGGAACUUUAUCCGGCUCCUAGAUCCUGGGUGGCCACGACAGGAAAUUUGAUCUUCUUCAAGGAUCACCAGAAGGUAUGAACCCUGGUUUCCAUUCAAAUCCAUACCCGCUUAACUCUCUCAUUCAGGGCGGUCAUUUUGCGGCGCUUGAGCGACCCCAAGACCUGAAAGCGGACUUGACGGGUUUCAUUGAGCAGAUUUGGCCAAGCAUUGCGGCGGCGAAGUGAUAGCCAGAGCUCAUUCAUGUUGAGAACAAAAGCAAGCCU